ACGAUGGCGGAGAAUUUGAAGCGGCAGUUGUUUGGUCUGCCGCCGCGGUACCGGGAUUCGGUGCGGGCAAUAACGCCGGGAUUGCCGCUUUUUCUCUAUAACUACUCCACACACCAACUUCACGGCGUUUUUGAGGCUGCAAGCUUCGGAGGGACGAAUAUCGAUCCAACGGCUUGGGAGGACAAGAAAUGCCCCGGGGAAUCUCGUUUUCCUGCUCAGGUGAGAGUGAUAACAAGGCAAAUAUGUGAGCCACUGGAAGAAGAUUCAUUCAGACCAAUUCUUCACCAUUAUGAUGGCCCCAAGUUUCGGCUUGAACUCAGCAUUCCAGAGGCCAUUUCUCUUCUCGAUGUUCUUGCCCACCAAAAUCCUCAAUAACUCUCCACAACUUUCUAAAAUCACAGAAAUAUAAUAAAUUUUCAUGUAAAUACUUAUAUACUAAGUCUUCAUCUCUAUUUAUUUUAUGAUAUGAUAUAUGUUGUACGUUUAUGUUAGUGACGAUGAAAAUGAGGAGAAAUGGGAUAUAUAUAGCUUUUCGUAUCCUACAUAAAUAAUAAUGCAUAAUUCGACGAAUUAAAGUAA